AUGCCGACGUUUAAAGAUAUCAGAGCGAAGAACGCGCAGUUUGCGGCGUCUGCAAGAGAGAAUGCGGGCAAAGCGCGAGUUAGGACGUCGAAAGACGCACCGGAUUCGGUCGAGGCCAAACAGUCGCAGCAACAAGGAGGACGCAACAUAGUCAAGCGCGCUCGUAGCGACCGUCGAGCGCAGAACAAGAGUGCAGGUUUGAGCAAUAACAAGCUCGCGCUCGGCUUGAUCGUGUUCGUCGUAUGCGGAGGCGUCUUCUUCGAGCUGAUCCGGCUGUUUCUGUAG